ACUGACAGAUGACAGUUGUUUGUUGGACAAUCUUUCGUGUUUCGGGUUACAAAAAUUAAUUUGUUUUAAUUUUGUAAUUUCAUUAUUUGUGCUUUGUAGAUCUCUUUUUAACAGUACCCCGUGCAAUGAAAAUAUACAAAUAAAUCAUAAUUAUGGCUUUUUUGGAGUGGCGCCGUUUCACGUUCUUCGAUUUACAAAACAAUGCUGAUAAUGGAAAAAUUGCUGAGUGUUUGCAGGAUGCAAACAUAUCGGUGACAACCAGCGGCAAUGCCCACGUGGUGCUGGGCGAGGCCACGGGCUGGGCCCACCUCGUGUCCCGCUCUUGGGACAUCACCUCCUUCAAAGCCUACGAGCUGUCCCUGACACUCAUGCAACAGUUGCCACAUGACCCGUACUUGGUUACUAUUGGUGACGACGAACCUGUAGUGAACCCCAUGCUGAAAGUGUGGGACUGGUCCCGCACGGCGCGGCACGGCGGGCCCGCGUGCGUGCGUGCGUCGCGUGCGGUACCGUCGCACAUGCGCGCCACGCCCGCCACCGCGCUCGCCGUGCACCAGAAUAAGAACCUAAUGGCAGUGGGUUUCCAAGACGGUUCCGUGUCUCUCUUCCGCGGCGACAUCACGCGACAGCGCAGCGGCAAGAUGAAGACAUUGACAGAUACUGGCAGUAGCCCCAUCACCGGACUGUUCUUCCAAGGCACAGACAAGCUCUUCAUAGUCUCUGCGGGCACAGUGUCAGUGUACAGUGGGGACUCCGAACGCUGCGCGACGCUCGACCGCAUGGGCGCGGUGCGGGGCUGCGGCGUGCUGUGCGACGCCAGCCUCAUGCUCGCGUCUCCGCAGGCGAUAUACUGCUACACGACUGACGGCCGCGGCCCGUGCUACGCGCUCGAAGGCGAAAAAGUCCGUCUCGACUGGUUCCGCAGCUACCUCGUCAUCACCACCAACGAAACACCCCCAAAAAACGACAACGCAUCCACAAGCAACGCCCCCACCCCCAAGUCACAUCACGUCACCAUACUAGACAUACAGAACAAAUUCAUAGUCUUCUCCAAAACCUUCGACGAGAUUGACGCCAUCAUUACCGAAUGGGGCUCGUUUUAUAUACUGACUAAGAGCAAGGGGCUGAUAUAUUUGGAUGAGAAGGAUCUACAGUCGAAGCUGACGUUGUUGUUCAAAAAAAAUCUUUAUGAUGUGGCGAUAAGGAUCGCGAGCAGCCAGCAUUAUGAUGCGGAAGGGUUGACCGAGAUUCAUAAGCAGUAUGGUGAUCAUUUGUAUGCUAAGGGUGACUUAAAAGGCGCAAUCGACCAAUACGUAAAAACGAUAGGCUGGCUAGAAACCUCUUACGUAAUUCGAAAGUAUCUAGAAUCGAGGCAUUUAGAGCCACUCAUUAUAUACCUAGAAGAGCUACAUAAGAAGGGCUAUGCGACUGAAGAUCAUACGACUUUGCUGUUGACGUGUUAUGUGAAGAUCGAUCAGCAUGACCAACAGGGGAAGUUGAAGGAUUUUAUUAACUCGAAGGACAGAGCGAUUGAGUUUGACGUCGACGUUGCGAUCAAGGUGGUCCGUCAAGUGAGCGCCGACGACGCUAUCACCCUGGCGGUGCAGCACGGGCGCCACGACUGGGCGCUGCAAGUCAUGCUGCAAGACAAGAAGCAGUAUACUGAGGCGUUGGACUAUAUAGCGGACCUGGAGUUUGAUGACGCAGAAAUGUACAUGAAGAAGUACGCAUACACCCUGAUACAAAAUGCUCCUGAAGAAAGCACAGAGUUAUUAAAACUCCUAUGCACGGACUACCGCCCGCGCAACUCGCCUCUAGUCGACGAGUCUACUCUCUCCGGCGGUGUCAGAGAGAGACAGAUGGCUCGACCUGAUGACUACAUUCCUCUCCUACUGAACCAUUCCAAGUUGCUGAUAGAUUUACUGGAACAUAUGAGUGAAGCGGGGGUUUCGACCCCGCUGGUCUAUAAUGCCUUGUUGGAGCAUUAUAUUAAUGUUUGGGCGAAAUCCUCAUCAGAAUCGGAAAAGUCCGACUACGAGUCGAAAAUCAUGCGAGUGCUGAAAGACCCGUCGGCGACUUACGAUAAGGACCAAGUGCUCAUCAUGUGCCAGAUGCUGGGCUUCAAGCACGGCAUCCUACAUCUGUAUGAGGAGAGCAAACUAUGGCGCGCCCAACUCGCCUUACACCUGCGUCUCUCGGAGCCCACACAAGCGCUCGCCGUGUGCAAGCGCCGCGGCGCCGCCUGCCCCCGGCUGUGGCUAGACUUGCUGUACACCCCGCCCCCGCCCGCCUUGUUGCAGGAGGUUCUAGCUGCUAUUGCUCAAGAGAAGCUGCUGUCGCCCAUCCUGGUGAUCGACUGCCUCACCAGCACGCCGACCUACACGCUCGGGGAUGUACGGAAAUACCUAAUGAACGUCCUAAAAUCCGAAGACGAAGUCAUCACACGCGAACAAGAGCUCGCCUCCAAAUACCGUACGGAAAGCGAAAAAAUGAAGAGCGACAUCGAAGCCCUACGCCUGUCGCCGGCCACGUUCCAGAGCUCCCGUUGUGCCGCCUGCGCGCGCCCGCUCGAGCUGCCCACCGUGCACUUCCUGUGCCAACACUCCUACCACCACCACUGUUUCCAAAGCUACUCGGAGUCCGAAUCAGAGUGCUGCGCGUGCGCCGCGAGCCGCCCGCGCCGCGACGUCACCGCGCGCGCCGCAGAGACGCUACACGACCGGUUGCAGAAGGAACACGACCCCUACGCGGUAGUAUCUGAGUACUUCGGUCGCGGCCUCUUCAACAAGAUCAAGGUGACGGACGGCGCGGAGCCCGAGCCCGCCCCCGCGCCCCUUGCCGCCCCCGCCGCCCCCGCCACGCUUACCGCCCCCGCGGUCCAGACGUACGGGCCGGGGGCGGAAGCCAAGCUACGGCUGCAGGAGGGGCAGAGUAGACAAUUAUACAUAAACCCGGCGCCCCCGCCCGCCGGCCCCGCGCCCUCCGCCACCGUGCCCGUGCCCGAGGGCCGCAUGAGGGUGCUGGAGCAGCAGCAGUACAGCGGCAGCCUCGAGGCCAACCUCAGCCAGCCCGAGCCCGUGCAUAGGGGGGCUAGUGCCAGUAGGAAACCAGGGAAUGCUAGCAACUCCAACAGUUCCGGAAAUUCUCCGAAAAUCUCCAGCGCAAUCACAAACGCUAAAAACCCCUUCGAGGAGGAAAAUUACGAUGAGUCCAAAAACCCGUUUGCAGACGAAGAAAACGACCCCACUAACCCAUUCGCAGAAGAUGAUGAUUACGAUAAAAACCUAAAUCCGUUCUCAUAAUAUAAGAUCAUAGUUAUCUGUAUUUACGGUUCCUUUUCCACCAUAGACAUGAGGCAACGGGGGAAAAGUAUUAUUGCAUUAGCAUCACUCCGUUCAUGGUAAGUGUUUUUUAUAGAGUAUAAAACACAAUUGCGAAGAGAUACUACAGAUUAUGUUUACUUAAUACCAAAAUAAGUUUGUAACUAUGCAACUUGUAUUCAAUAUAAAGCGUAAAAUGGGCAUUAAAUUUUGAUUUAGCUAUCUGUGCUAGCCCAGCCUGCCUCACCUUCGGUGGAUAAGCGGCCUUAGUUCGUUGAAACAUGACAUGACUGAUACCUUAGUCUCAUGGUGUGUGUAUAGGUACAGUCCACUGAGA